GAGAGGACCCCCCCAUCCUCCCCCAGUGGAUGCAGGACAGUGGUCCUGAGCUCCUGAGUCCUGCCGGCAGACACAAGUGGCCGCGAUCAUCGCGAGGACAAUCAGAAAUGAUCAUCUGGGAUCACAAUUAUUUUCUUGUUGUUGUUUUUUUCUUCUUCUUCUUCUCCUUCUUCUUCUUCUUCUUCUUUUUGCUCCCCUCCCCACCUCCCUUCCGAAUCCUUCGCGAAUUCCCCCUGAUUCAUGACAGCAUGACGGAGCUCGGACAUGCACAUUUGGCAUGAUUUUAACAAUGGUUCGAUUCAAACGUACAUCUCCACGGAGCUGCACCUGAGGUUUCAUUGAAAGUCCGACCUUAUUCUUACAGCGUGAUGGAUACAAAUGAGUUCGCAGUACUGAAACUUUUUGUUGUUGGGAUUUUGGUCAAUGCUUGGAUGAUGAGAGGGUUGUCAGCCACUGACAGUUUCAACAUAGAGCCAACUCCCCCCCGGCCGAGGAAAGCCUGCAAUGAGUCUCGUCUGCAGUGGGAGGUGGAGGUCUGUGGAGAGGAAUUCAAGCGGGACAUGGGUCACAUAGAUCCCCACUACUGGUGUAACCUCACACACUUCAUCAGUGAGUACCACAUCUUUAGCACUUGCACAGAGAGAAUGUCCCACAUGGUCAGCUGCUACUGGCCCAAUCCGCUGGUGGAGAGCUACAUUAUCCGCAUACACAAGCACUUUUUCUCCAACUGCACCAUGGACGAGGUGGUGUGGAUGGACCCGCCGGACAACACCCUAACCAUCCUCAUCCUUAUUCCUGUUUUCCUCACACUGGCCAUGAUUGCCCUGGUGGUCUGGUGCAGCAAGAGGAGUGAUAUCCUGGCUUAGGAGGAAUAAAAGACAGAAAAGGAUGGAGAAAAGCGGAUGAAGGAUUGAGUUCAAGAUCUCAACCUCUCCACUAAAACUUUACUGUACAAAGGAGUGCACAUAGGUUUUGGAAGGUUGGUCAAAUUACCCUGUAAGUGAUGCCACAAACCACCUUAACCUUCUGUGGAAUUGAGAAAAGUAGUACUUGGUAGUACAAAGUAGCAUUUUCUUUCAUAUUUUAAUAUAUUAUGUGAUUUUUUACAGUUGUGACAUUGACUUACUAUCACUCAACAUGUUCAACUGUUCCACUUAACAGUUGCAUUGCUGGGAAAUACUUAUUUUUCUUGCACUGUAAAUAUGUUGCUGGAGCCAACAGCUGGUUAUCUUAGUUUAGCAUAAAGACUGGAAACAGGGGGGACAUUAUGUGAAAAAUCACAAUGUGUCACUUUUACACUUUGAUUUUAGUAUGGAUUAAACAAACAAGCUAAAACAUGUCAAUUGGUGAGAUUUACAGGUAGGACGAUUUUGUUGCCUUUGGACAAGGCCAUACUUGCUGUUUCCCCUUGUUUCCAGCCUUAAGUUAAGCUAAGCUAACCAGUUGCUGACUGUAUCUUCUUAUUUAGGGUACAUGCAUGAGAGUGGUAUCAAUCGUCUAUUUUAACUUCCAACAAGAAAGCGAAUAAGCAUUUUUCCCAAAAUGUCUAUUCCUUCGAGAUACAGAGGACUGUGGUCGUUUUGACAUCAAUUUUUGGGUAAGUUGACCAGAGGAGAGCUUUACAGCCAAUCAAAAAUAUUGGUGCAUUUUUUAAAUCGCACGGAUCUGGAGCGUUGACCUCGGAGAAUCUUGUCAGAGCACUGAACUGUUGCUGAAGGCCAAAGUAUCCACCAUGCAUCAGAGGCAGUGACCAAAGCCUAAGCUGCUGGGAAAGGAGUCUCUCAGAGGACACUAUUUGGUAAUUAUUUAACUUGAAACUGUAUUUAAAGAAGCCAAAUCUGGACUUAAUAUUGAUUCUGCAAGUUUGAUCAUACUGUUGCGUUACUGAACGGACUCUCACUAUUGGAACGAAUACACUGGUGUGCAACCCAAAGACAAGGCAACACUAUGAUUCAUUUUGGGACUUACGUUUCUUGUGUGACUACCUGAGCCUCAUGGGACUGUUUUACAACAGUGUAAUUUAUCAGAUACUGUUCUAUAAAUCCCUGUUAAAGCUUACAAAGAGGGGGUUCUCAAUGGAAACAAAAAACUAUGAACUGACAUUGAGACCUUGUACUGUACAGUUAUGCUCUCUGUUUGUGCUGUCUACUGUUUCUGUAUUGCCUUUCCAGCGUAGAAAUACACACUGAUGCUUCGAAGUGAAUUCCUUUGGGGAAAGGUUUGAGUUAAUGUGCACACUUCAUUGGUUCUUUGAACCGCAGUCCCCAGCUGCCACAAGGCAAACUAAACUAAGCACUGCUUUUUUUAUUUUCUUCCAAAGCACAAGGCACCAAUCUGUGUUUGUCAGCUCUCACCUCCACACUUUUGUCUAUGGAACUGAUUAAAUCUCUCUUUAAAUAA